AUGGUAGCAGAGACCAAGCUCUACGACGCCUUGAGCGUCAAGCCCGAGGCCACACAAGAUGAAAUUAAGAAAGCAUACCGCAAGGCUGCUCUGAAGCACCACCCAGACAAGAACAAGGACAAUCCCUCAUCUGCCGAAAAAUUCAAAGAUGUCUCACAAGCCUACGAAGUCCUAUCCGAUCCCGAAAAGCGCAAGGUCUAUGACCAGUACGGACUCGAAUAUUUGAUGCGCGGUGGUCCGCCACCACCACCCCCAGGAAGCGGCAGUGGCGGAGGAACCGGCUUCGACGGAGGCAUGCCCGGAGGCUUCAACUUCGGCGGUAUGCCCGGCGGAGGAAGCCGGAAGUUCCACUUCUCUACUGGGCCUGGUGGCGGUGCGAGCGGAUUCAGUUUCAGUGACGCCGACGACAUUUUCCGAAACUUCGCCAAGGGCAGCGGCGGCAUGCCUGGUGGUAUGGGUGGAAUGGGUGGCAUGGACGAUGACGACCUGCUCUCCAGCAUGUUCGGCGGUGCAAGAGGCGGCGGAAGUAGUUUCCGCGGCAGCCGUCCGGGUGCUGGGUAUUCGUCAAAGCCUAAGCGUGCUCCUACGCCUGAACCUACGAUCGUCGAGAAGGACUUGCCGCUUACCUUGGAGGAAAUCUACAACGGUACAUCGAAGAAGGUCAAGACCAAGAGCAAGGCGUUUGACCCUAUGGGCAAGCGGACUACGCAGGAGGUCACACUUGAAGCCAAUAUCAAGCCUGGCUUGCGGGCUGGAUCGAAGAUCAAGUACAGAAACAUUGGCGACCAGGAAGAAGGGGGUCGACAAGAUGUGCAUCUUAUCGUGAAGGAGCUUCCACACCCUGUCUUCAAGCGCUCCGGGGACAGCCUGGUCACGACAGUUGAACUUACACUGAAAGAAGCCCUGACCGGAUGGGAGCGAAUCAUCCGAACCAUCGAUGGAAAAUCGAUUCGCGUUUCCAAACCUGGCCCAACCCAGCCUGGCCACGAAGAGCGAUACCCCGGCUUGGGCAUGGUGCUCUCGCGGAAUCCCAGCGAACGAGGCGACCUCGUCAUCCACAUCAAUGUCAAGUUCCCCACCAGUCUGACUGCAUCCCAAAAAGACCUAUUGAAGGAUGUCUUACCUUGA